GCGCGCCCCGAGCCUCCUCCCGCUGCCGUUGCGGCCGGGCCGCCUGCUCCUCCAGCUCCUCCAGCCCCUCCGCCACACGUCCCCGGGGCCUCCGGGGAGCGGCCGCGAGCGCCCCGGGGGAGGCCCGGAGGCGGCCCGGAGGCCGCGGGGCCCCCUCCCCGCCGCCCCCCCCCCCCCCCCUACCCCCCCCCAUUGUGUGCCAGGCCCCUGCCCGCCUCCCUCCGCCGGAGGGAGCCGCGGCGGCGCGGACCAUGACCUCCAUCCACUUCGUGGUGCACCCGCUGCCGGGCACCGAGGACCAGCUCAAUGACCGAUUAAGGGAAGUUUCAGAGAAGCUGAACAAAUAUAAUUUAAACAGCCACCCCCCAUUGAAUGUAUUGGAACAGGCUACUAUUAAACAGUGUGUGGUGGGACCAAAUCAUGCUGCAUUUCUUCUUGAGGAUGGUAGAGUCUGCAGGAUUGGUUUUUCAGUUCAGCCAGACAGAUUGGAAUUGGGUAAACCUGAUAAUAAUGAUGGUUCAAAGUUGAGCAGUGGCUCAGGGGCAGGAAGGACAUCCAGGCCAGGCAGGACUAGUGACUCCCCAUGGUUUCUGUCUGGUUCUGAAACUCUGGGCAGACUGGCAGGCAACACCCUUGGAAGUCGCUGGAGUUCAGGGGUUGGUGGAAGUGGAGGAGGCUCUUCUGGUAGAUCAUCUGCUGGAGCUCGAGAUUCUCGAAGGCAGACCAGGGUUAUACGCACAGGACGAGAUAGAGGAUCUGGACUGCUGGGGAGUCAACCACAACCAGUGAUUCCAGCAUCAGUCAUUCCAGAGGAACUCAUUUCACAGGCACAAGUUGUUUUACAAGGAAAGUCCAGAAGUAUUAUCAUUCGGGAACUCCAGCGAACAAAUCUUGAUGUAAACCUUGCUGUAAAUAAUUUGUUGAGUCGUGAUGAUGAAGAUGGAGAUGAUGGGGAUGACACAGCAAGUGAAUCAUAUCUUCCUGGAGAGGAUCUUAUGUCUCUUCUGGAUGCUGACAUACAUUCUGCUCACCCAAGUGUCAUUAUUGAUGCUGAUGCUAUGUUUUCAGAAGAUAUUAGUUACUUUGGUUAUCCAUCCUUUCGGCGCUCAUCACUUUCCAGGCUAGGCUCAUCCAGAGAGAGAGACUCUGAGCUGUUGCGUGAACGUGAGUCCGUUUUACGUUUGCGUGAACGAAGGUGGCUUGAUGGAGCCUCAUUUGAUAAUGAAAGAGGCUCUACAAGUAAGGAAGGGGAACCAAACCUGGACAAGAAGAAUACACCUGUUCAAAGUCCUGUUUCUCUAGGAGAAGACUUGCAGUGGUGGCCGGAUAAGGAUGGAACAAAGUUUAUUUCUAUUGGAGCCCUGUAUUCUGAGCUUGUGGCAGUUAGCAGUAAAGGAGAACUCUAUCAGUGGAAGUGGAGUGAAUCAGAGCCUUACAGAAAUGCACAGAAUCCUUCACUACAUCAUCCACGAGCCAUGUUCUUGGGAUUAACCAAUGAAAAGAUAGUGCUCCUGUCUGCAAAUAGUAUUAGAGCAACUGUUGCUACUGAAAAUAACAAGGUUGCUACCUGGGUGGAUGAAACUUUAAGCUCAGUAGCUUCCAAAUUAGAACACACCGCACAGACAUACUCAGAGCUUCAGGGAGAACGGAUUGUUUCCUUACAUUGUUGUGCUCUUUAUACAUGCGCUCAACUAGAGAACAACUUGUAUUGGUGGGGUGUAGUUCCUUUCAGCCAAAGGAAGAAAAUGCUAGAAAAGGCCAGAGCAAAAAAUAAAAAGCCCAAGUCUAGUGCUGGUAUCUCCUCCAUGCCAAAUAUAACUGUUGGAACCCAGGUGUGCUUAAGAAAUAACCCCCUCUAUCAUGCUGGAGCUGUUGCUUUUUCCAUCAGUGCUGGAAUUCCUAAAGUGGGCGUGUUAAUGGAAUCUGUUUGGAACAUGAAUGACAGCUGUCGAUUUCAGCUUCGGUCACCAGAAAGCUUGAAAAACCUGGAGAAAGCUAGCAAAACGACAGAAGCAAAACCUGAAAGCAAACAGGAACCAGUGAAAACCGAGAUGGGUCCUCCACCAUCCCCAGCUUCCACUUGCAGUGAUGCAUCUUCAAUAGCCAGCAGCGCAUCGAUGCCAUAUAAGCGACGACGAUCUACUCCUGCCCCGAAAGAGGAGGAGAAAGUGAAUGAGGAGCAGUGGUCUCUGAGGGAGGUUGUCUUUGUAGAAGAUGUUAAAAAUGUUCCUGUUGGCAAGGUGCUAAAAGUGGAUGGUGCUUAUGUUGCUGUGAAAUUUCCAGGCACUUCCAGUAAUGCAAACUGUCAAAGCAGUUCUAAUUCAGAUCCCGAUCCUUCCUCUCUUCUCCAAGAUUGCAGGCUGCUCAGAAUAGAUGAACUGCAGGUUGUAAAAACUGGUGGAACUCCAAAAGUUCCUGACUGUUUUCAGAGGACACCUAAAAAGCUCUGUAUUCCUGAAAAAACAGAAAUUCUAGCAGUAAACGUAGAUUCAAAAGGAGUUCAUGCUGUUCUGAAAACUGGGAACUGGGUUCGCUACUGCAUAUUUGACCUUGCUACAGGAAAGGCUGAACAGGAAAAUAAUUUCCCUACUAGCAGCAUCGCAUUCCUGGGUCAGAAUGAGAGAAGUGUUGCUAUUUUUACAGCUGGACAGGAAUCUCCCAUUAUUCUUAGAGAUGGAAAUGGUACUAUCUAUCCAAUGGCUAAAGACUGCAUGGGUGGGAUACGAGACCCUGACUGGCUUGACCUUCCACCUAUCAGUAGUCUCGGAAUGGGUGUUCAUUCCCUAACAAAUCUUCCUGCUAACUCGACCAUCAAAAAGAAAGCUGCCAUUAUUAUUAUGGCUGUUGAGAAACAAACUCUAAUGCAGCACAUUCUGCGAUGUGACUAUGAGGCUUGCCGACAAUACCUGAUGAAUCUUGAACAAGCAGUUGUCUUGGAUCAGAAUCCACAAGUGCUGCAGACGUUCCUUGGCCAUAGAUGUGAUGGAAACCGCAAUAUUCUGCACGCUUGUGUGUCUGUAUGCUUUCCAACCAGCAACAAAGAAACAAAAGAGGAAGAGGGACUACCUCAUUCAGUGCACAAGAUGGACGGUGCUCACCGAAUGGAAGCAGAGCGCUCUGAAAGGAAUACAUUUGCUGAAAGGCUCUCUGCUGUGGAAGCUAUUGCAAAUGCAAUCUCAGUUGUUUCAAGUAACGGCCCAGGAAGUCGGGCAGGAUCAUCAAGCAGCAGAAGUUUGAGACUAAGGGAGAUGAUGAGAAGAUCCUUGAGAGCUGCUGGAUUGGGCAGACAUGAAGCUGGUGCUUCAUCAAGUGAUCACCAGGACCCAGUUUCUCCACCAAUAGCUCCUCCCAGCUGGGUUCCCGAUCCUCCUGCAAUGGAUCCGGAUGGUGACAUUGAUUUUAUCCUGGCCCCCGCUGUGGGAUCUCUUACCACAGCAGCGACUGGCACCGGCCAAGGACCGAGCACCUCCACGAUACCAGGGCCUUCUACUGAACCAUCUGUAGUGGAAUCAAAAGAUCGGAAGGCAAAUGCUCAUUUCAUACUGAAAUUGCUGUGUGAUAGUGUUGUUUUACAACCUUAUCUUCGAGAAUUGCUGUCAGCCAAGGAUGCAAGAGGCAUGACACCAUUUAUGUCAGCAGUUAGUGGCCGGGCAUAUCCUGCUGCAAUUACAAUUCUAGAAACUGCACAAAAAAUUGCUAAAGCUGAAGCAACUUCAAGUGAAAAAGAAGAUGAUGUGUUUAUGGGAAUGGUUUGUCCUUCCGGUACAAAUCCAGAUGACUCUCCCUUGUAUGUUUUAUGUUGUAAUGAUACAUGCAGUUUUACCUGGACUGGUGCAGAACAUAUUAACCAAGAUAUAUUUGAAUGCCGAACAUGUGGCCUGUUAGAAUCUCUUUGUUGCUGCACAGAAUGUGCAAGGGUCUGUCACAAAGGACAUGACUGCAAGCUGAAACGAACAUCCCCCACAGCUUACUGUGAUUGCUGGGAGAAGUGCAAGUGUAAAACACUAAUUGCAGGACAGAAAUCUGCUCGCCUUGAUCUCCUUUACCGCCUGCUUACCACCACAAAUCUUGUUACUAUGCCAAAUAGCAGGGGAGAACAUCUCCUACUAUUUUUAGUACAGACAGUUGCCAGGCAAACUGUGGAACACUGCCAAUACAGACCACCUAGAAUUAGGGAAGAUCGUAAUCGUAAAACUGCAAAUCCUGAAGAUUCUGAUAUGCCUGAUCACGAUUUAGAACCUCCUCGAUUUGCUCAGCUUGCUUUGGAACGUGUUUUGCAAGACUGGAAUGCACUGAAGUCUAUGAUCAUGUUUGGCUCCCAGGAAAAUAAAGACCCUCUUAGUGCAAGCAGUAGGAUAGGCCAUCUCUUGCCUGAAGAACAAGUUUACCUUAAUCAGCAAAGUGGAACUAUUCGCUUGGACUGUUUUACGCAUUGCCUUAUUGUCAAGUGUACAGCAGAUAUUUUGCUUUUAGAUACUUUACUGGGUACUCUGGUAAAAGAAUUACAAAACAAGUAUACGCCAGGACGUAGAGAAGAAGCGAUUGCUGUUACAAUGAGAUUCCUGCGUUCUGUGGCAAGAGUGUUUGUCAUUCUUAGCGUGGAAAUGGCUUCUUCCAAAAAGAAAAACAAUUUUAUUCCACAGCCAAUUGGAAAAUGUAAACGUGUAUUCCAGGCAUUAUUGCCCUAUGCUGUCGAAGAGUUGUGCAAUGUAGCAGAAUCUUUAAUUAUUCCGGUCAGGAUGGGAAUUGCACGUCCUACAGCACCCUUUACUCUCGCUAGCACCAGCAUAGAUGCCAUGCAGGGAAGUGAAGAACUAUUUUCUGUGGAGCCUCUACCACCAAGACCAUCAUCUGACCAGUCUAGCAGUUCUAGUCAGUCUCAGUCAUCGUACAUCAUAAGGAAUCCUCAGCAAAGACGAAUCAGCCAGUCACAGCCAGUUCGUGGCAGGGAUGAAGAACAAGAUGAUAUCGUUUCAGCAGAUGUGGAAGAGGUUGAGGUGGUUGAGGGGGUAGCUGGUGAAGAAGACCAUCAUGAUGAGCAGGAAGAACAUGGUGAAGAAAAUGCUGAAGCAGAAGGACAGCAUGAUGAGCAUGAUGAAGAUGGCAGUGAUAUGGAGUUGGAUUUACUAGCUGCUGCUGAAACAGAAAGUGACAGUGAGAGUAACCACAGUAAUCAGGACAAUGCUAGUGGGCGCAGAAGUGUUGUCACUGCAGCUACUGCUGGCUCAGAAGCAGGAGCUAGCAGUGUACCGGCAUUUUUUUCUGAAGAUGACUCUCAAUCAAAUGAUUCUAGUGACUCGGAUAGCAGCAGCAGUCAGAGCGAUGACAUAGAACAGGAGACCUUUAUGCUUGAUGAGCCUCUGGAGCGAACCACAAAUAGCUCACACGCCAAUGGUGCUGCCCAAGCUCCUCGUUCUAUGCAGUGGGCUGUACGCAAUACCCAAAACCAGAGAACUACUAGCACUGCUCCUUCUAGUACAUCAGCCCCAGCAGCAAGUUCAGCGGGCUUGAUUUACAUCGAUCCAUCCAACCUACGUCGGAGUGGUACCAUCAGUACGAGCGCAGCAGCAGCAGCUGCAGCACUUGAAGCCAGCAAUGCAAGCAGCUAUUUAACAUCUGCAAGCAGUUUAGCAAGAGCAUACAGUAUAGUGAUACGGCAGAUAUCUGACCUAAUGGGUCUGAUUCCCAAGUACAAUCAUUUAGUGUAUUCUCAGAUCCCAGCUGCAGUGAAGCUGACUUAUCAAGAUGCUGUUAACUUACAGAAUUAUGUAGAAGAAAAGCUUAUUCCUACUUGGAAUUGGAUGGUUAGUAUCAUGGACUCUACAGAAGCACAGCUGCGUUAUGGUUCUGCGUUAGCAUCUGCUGGUGAUCCUGGGCAUCCAAAUCAUCCUCUCCAUGCUUCUCAGAACUCAGCCAGAAGGGAAAGGAUGACAGCUCGUGAGGAAGCUAGCUUAAGAACACUCGAGGGAAGAAGGCGUGCUACUUUACUCAGUGCUCGUCAGGGAAUGAUGUCAGCACGUGGUGAUUUCCUGAACUACGCACUGUCUUUGAUGCGUUCGCACAAUGAUGAGCACUCAGAUGUCCUUCCUGUUCUAGAUGUCUGUUCACUAAAGCAUGUAGCAUAUGUUUUUCAAGCGCUUAUUUAUUGGAUUAAGGCGAUGAAUCAACAGACAACAUUGGAUACUCCUCAGCUGGAACGGAAAAGAACUCGUGAACUUUUGGAGCUGGGUCUUGACAAUGAAGAUUCAGAACAUGAAAAUGAUGAUGAUACCAAUCAAAGUGCUACACUCAACGACAAAGAUGAUGACUCCCUCCCAGCAGAGACUGGCCAAAACCAUCCAUUUUUCAGACGGUCAGACUCUAUGACGUUCCUUGGCUGCAUUCCACCCAAUCCUUUUGAGGUUCCUCUGGCAGAAGCCAUCCCCCUGGCAGACCAGCCCCAUCUAUUACAGCCCAAUGCUCGCAAAGAAGAUCUCUUUGGCCGACCAAGCCAGGGUCUGUAUUCAUCUUCUGCCAACAGCGGGAAAUGCUUGAUGGAAGUUACAGUGGACAGAAACUGCCUUGAGGUUCUACCAACUAAAAUGUCUUAUGCAGCCAACCUAAAAAAUGUUAUGAGCAUGCAAAAUCGACAAAAGAAAGAAGGGGAGGAACAAAAUGUGCCUACAGAAGAAUCUGAGAGUUCAAAGCCAGGGCCUUCAGCUCAUGAUCUUGCAGCACAACUGAAAAGCAGCUUGUUGGCAGAGAUAGGACUGACAGAAAGUGAAGGGCCGCCUCUCACAUCUUUCAGGCCACAGUGUAGCUUCAUGGGCAUGGUUAUAUCUCACGACAUGUUGCUGGGACGUUGGCGCCUUUCUUUAGAGUUGUUUGGUAGAGUAUUCAUGGAAGAUGUUGGAGCAGAGCCUGGCUCGAUCCUUACUGAAUUAGGUGGCUUUGAAGUAAAGGAAUCAAAAUUCCGCCGGGAGAUGGAAAAACUUAGAAACCAGCAAUCCAGAGAUUUAACGUUGGAGGUUGAUCGAGACAGAGACCUUCUAAUUCAGCAGACCAUGAGGCAGCUCAACAAUCAUUUUGGUCGCAGGUGUGCUACCACUCCAAUGGCUGUACACAGAGUAAAAGUUACUUUUAAGGAUGAGCCAGGAGAAGGCAGCGGUGUAGCACGAAGCUUUUACACUGCCAUUGCACAGGCUUUUCUGUCAAAUGAGAAACUGCCAAAUCUAGAUUGUAUUCAGAAUGCCAACAAGGGUACCCAUACAAGUCUGAUGCAGAGAUUGCGAAAUAGGGGGGAGAGAGAUCGGGAAAGGGAGCGAGAGAGAGAAAUGCGGAGAAGUAGUGGCUUACGGGCUGGUUCUCGGAGAGAUAGGGAUAGGGACUUUAGAAGGCAACUUUCCAUUGACACACGGCCUUUUAGACCAGCAUCAGAAGGAAAUCCUAGUGAUGACCCUGAUCCUCUUCCAGCACAUAGGCAAGCCCUUGGAGAAAGGCUCUACCCUCGAGUGCAAGCAAUGCAACCAGCAUUUGCAAGUAAAAUCACAGGAAUGUUGUUGGAAUUGUCUCCUGCUCAGCUGCUUCUCUUACUAGCAAGUGAAGACUCCCUUAGAGCAAGAGUUGAUGAAGCUAUGGAACUCAUUAUUGCACAUGGCAGGGAGAAUGGUGCUGACAGUAUACUGGAUCUUGGAUUGCUAGACUCUUCAGAUAAAGUGCAGGAAAAUAGAAAGCGACAUGGUUCCAGCCGCAGUGUAGUGGAUAUGGAAUUAGAUGAUACAGAUGAUGGGGAUGAUAACGCACCACUUUUCUACCAACCUGGAAAACGAGGGUUUUAUACACCAAGACCUGGUAAAAACACAGAAGCAAGGCUGAACUGUUUCAGAAACAUCGGCAGAAUCCUGGGAUUGUGCUUGUUGCAGAAUGAACUGUGUCCUAUCACGUUAAAUAGACACGUAAUCAAAGUUCUUCUUGGCAGAAAGGUGAACUGGCAUGACUUUGCUUUUUUUGAUCCGGUUAUGUAUGAAAGCCUUCGGCAACUUAUCCUCGCUUCCCAGAGUACAGAUGCUGAUGCAGUGUUCGCAGCAAUGGAUUUAGCAUUUGCAAUAGACCUGUGUAAGGAAGAGGGUGGAGGGCAGGUUGAACUUAUUUCCAAUGGUGUAAAUAUACCAGUCACUCCUCAGAAUGUUUAUGAAUAUGUCCGGAAAUAUGCAGAACACCGAAUGUUGGUGGUAGCAGAACAGCCUCUGCAUGCAAUGAGGAAGGGUCUACUGGAUGUGCUUCCAAAGAAUUCAUUAGAAGACUUGACAGCAGAAGAUUUCAGACUUCUGGUAAAUGGCUGUGGUGAAGUAAAUGUGCAAAUGCUAAUCAGCUUUACUUCUUUCAAUGAUGAGUCAGGAGAAAAUGCUGAGAAGCUUUUGCAGUUCAAGCGUUGGUUUUGGUCCAUAGUUGAGAAGAUGAGUAUGACAGAAAGACAAGAUCUGGUUUACUUCUGGACAUCAAGUCCAUCAUUGCCUGCCAGUGAAGAGGGAUUCCAGCCUAUGCCAUCAAUCACAAUAAGACCACCAGAUGACCAACAUCUUCCUACAGCAAACACUUGCAUUUCUCGCCUUUAUGUCCCACUCUAUUCCUCUAAGCAGAUUUUGAAACAGAAAUUGUUACUCGCCAUUAAGACCAAGAAUUUUGGUUUUGUGUAGAGUAUAAAGUGUGUAUUGCUGUGUAAUAUUACUAGCUAAGUUUUGUAGAUUUUUCCAUUUGUCUAUAAAAGUUUAUGAAAGUUAAUGCUGUCAUACCCCUGGUGGUACUUUAAAGAUUUAAAUGAAUACAUUCCUGUACUAAAUUUGUAACGUAAAGGCAAAAGGAGCGCUGGCAAUAUCUGAUCGCAACAGUUUGCUAGUCAAUAACUCCUUGGCCUAACCCCAGCCAAAGAUGACAGCAGAACAAUAUAAUUUACACUGUGAUUUAUCUUUUUGCUGAGGGAAAAUAUGUAAAAUGUUCUGAAAAUUCACUGCUGCCUUUGUGGAAAGUGUUUCAGCAAAGGUUCUUGUAUAGAGGGAGUAGGGAAUUUCGAAAUAAAAAAUUAAGUAUGUUCUGUGUUUUAUUUUAACUUUUUUAUUGUGUUUAAUUUGUGGUUGGCUGCAGUUGUGUAUCAUGUAUAUUGAACUUGUAAAAAGUUCCUGACAACUCAGAUCCCAGAGUUGGGAUCGUCCACUUAUGAAACCACUUUCACUGCAAUUUUUGUUCUGGUUGCAUUGAACUCUGGCACAUCAGAUACCAUCACUAAUAUUUUGCAUGUAAUCUGUACCUUUAGUGUGUUUUUUUGUACAUACGAUGAGGCCAAUGCACAGUAUUUCAUAGUUCACAAUCAACAUUUUUGUAUCCCUGUUUCAGUGAACAGACAGUCAGGAGAUUGUUCCACUACCAGUUCUAACCCGACACUUGUACUACGUUAUCUAACUAUGUAAACUCAGCCUGGGCACUUUCUGGUAACUGUAAAAUGUUUAUAAGAUCAUGAUUAUUGAAGAUACAUUUUGGAAAACUUUAAUGUUCGUGAGCAGCUUAACUUCUUUUGUAUCUAGCCUUUUUUUAAGUAUCUUGUUACAGUUUUUUAAUAAAGAAAUUACAGACAAAAUACCAAGUUA